AUGGAUGAAAAUGAAAUCGUUCGUCCCUUAACCGUUGAUAAAAGGACGUCUGCUUCAUUCAAUGAUGGAGAACCACCGGCCUUGCUAAGCCUUGCAUCAAUAAGACGGACGGACAAUUCCUGUAGAACCCAGCAGGUUCCGCUUGCAAAACUGAGUCAAGAAAAGACUCCGUUGAUCAGAGUGUAUACAAUAGUCUGUCUCCGUGAUUACUGGUAUGAGAGUGAACGAAAACAUUUAAGAGAUCGAUUGUUAGACGCGAUUAAGCAGUGCCAGAUACGAUUUAAAGAAGGCCAAGAUAUCGCUACUGACAAUGAUAGCACUGUUAUUUGCCUCUGUAUUCAACUGGAAGCGGUUUUACAACAUGGUUUGAAAGUCAUCAAAAAGAAAGAUUCAUUUGCUUGGCCGGUCAAGAAUUUAAUGAGCUACAUUAGCCCAGAACCAGAACCAGAACCAUGCUUUUGGAAUUGGGUUAAAAAGUAUCUUUCUGAAUUGGAAUUAAGUCGACUUGAUUCGUUAACCAAUAUCUCCAGUGAUAUUGGCAGAGGACGUGCUUGGCUACGGUGUAUGCUAAAUGAAAGAUGCUUAGAAAAAUUUUUCGGAAAAGUUGUUGCUGAUCCAAGUAUAAUACGAAAGUUUUACGAAAGCUAUGCCUUCAUGUUGGAUACUGAACUGAAUUCUCUAUUGUUAGAUGCAUGUGCUGCCAGCCCACCUCCAUCCGUCUUAAAGGAAAAUGUUGCCAGUAAAACGCAACAUGCAGCUACCAAUAUACCUGGUAUUUUAUUUAGUAAAGUAGUGAAUCAUGUCACAAAUACUAAUCUACCAAUUGUAGCAGCUACUGUAAAACGCAAAAAAAAGAGACAGAAACAAACUGCAACUAUUUCACCCGCUAAUACUAUCGAUGAAGACCAGGACAGCAUUAUCUCUUUUAGUCCCUCAAAUAAUUCAUACACAAUUAAUGAAUCCAAUGGAACUCAGCAAUUACAGGAUUCAUUGACCUUGAAUACCUCUACAGAUGCAAGUAGUACUUUCAAUGACGAAGCAAAUUAUCGAAAUGCUAAUAGUUCAAUUUCUUCGAAAAAUAUUGAUUUAAUUACUAAUUUAAACUCCGACCUAAAUGAUGCAAUAACAGCAGCAUCAGCAGCAAUGGAAGCCCCGGUAUUAGCUGAUACGGCCAGUGAUGUUAAGGAUCCCUUAAGCGAUGCCAAUAAGCCGCAAAGUGAAGAACUAGACAGCUCCUCAGUGGAUAAGAUUGUUAACGAUAAUAUUACUGGACAGCAAAAUUUAUUAAAAGAUGCUGAUCUAACUCCCGAUACUUAUGAUACUGAAUUUCGCUCACUUGAUAGUCUGUAUACCAAACAAAUGGCAUGGAAUUCCGUUUUUCAAUCGGCUUUUGUCGAUCCUAGUCUUGAUUUGAGCGCAAUGAAGGAAUCUUCUACAAAUACUAGAUUGUCUGAGCAAAUAGAUCCUGUGGAAGAGUCCCAGCAGAAAUUGAAAGUUUCAGUUGCAGAAGGGGAUAUAAAAGGUACAAAAUCUGCUACUACUGACAUUGCGAUGCUGGAAAAUAAUAAUAAAGUGAUAGAAGCUAAGCCAGAAGGCGAUUUCACCAAAGCAUCAGAGCCUACUAAUAUCAUACUUAAAACAGCGACAAUCAGUAAUCUGGAAGGAGUAGAACAAAAUGCAGUUGUAAAAGAUUCUAAUCAAAAACUUUUAGAUACUAAUUUGUUGAACACGAAAGGGCCGAUUAAUGAAUUAAGUGAUGAAUCUUCUUCACAAGAAGAUCAUAUAACAACGGAAAAUAUGAGCACGGAAUGUACUACUCAAAGUACUGCGAAUAUCGGCGAAACCAAAGACUCUAUAGAAACGAUAAUUAGCCAAGAUGAAGAAAGAAAGGCGAACAAUAUUGGAUUCUUAGAUGCAGUUAGCUCACAGCAAGAAAACAGCCGCGAUAUAUGUACGAAAUUAACUAAUUUAGCGAACGAUAUUCAUAUUUACAACUAUCAAGAGAUUAGCGACGUUGUAAUUAAAGAAAACGCUUAUGAUAUAGUCGAAAAGAGCAAGUCUGAACACCGGCACGAGUUACCCCAAGUGGAAUCUCAUGAUUCGCUUUCGAGUUUAACUGAUACUACAAAUAAGGUUGCAUCUGCUAGUAAUGAAAUUAAUAAAAAUCUUGCGACAUGUAAUAAUCCUGCAUUACAAUCAAAUAAUCUCACUGUAUCAAAACUCAGUUAUGAUGUCAUCACUUCGGAAGAUUCUCAUUCAGUAGACUCUGACUCCAACAGCACUGACUUAUCAUCUCGGGGUCAGAGUGCUCAGCAUGGCUCCUCAGAUACGACAAGUUCGGAAGUGAAGGAAUUUGAAAAACGAUUACAUCAAAUGUCUAUAGAGGAACUAAGGGAAGUUGCUUUAUCUAACCAUUGCGAGAGAACAAGAAUGCGAGAAAAUAUCAAAUCCUUGAGGAAAUCUUAUCACGAAGAAGUUGAUAAUUCCCUACGUUUAAGAGGUGAACUAGAAAAGGCCACAGCUACUUCUAGUCUAACCGAAGAAAUGCAGACUAAGCGUGUUACCUCAUUAACUCGAGAAGUAGAAAUGCUAAAAAAUCAACUAAAAAAAUAUGUUAGUGCUGUACAACACCUUCGUCGAGAAAUUAAGGAAGAAACACCAAUAACAAAGCAAGCUCUUACUGGUAUUCGACAAGAUACACCAAUUUCAGUACCCGAGACACAGCAGUCUACUGUCUAUAGUGUUGAACAGGACUCGUACGAACAGAAACUUGUGCAGGUUGCUGAAAUGUGCGGAGAACUUUUGGAGUUUAAUGAAAUGCUCCAACGGCAAAUUCAACGUAAAGAUAUUAGCAUACAUCGUAUGAAGGAGGAAUUAAUAAAUUUACGAGGACCGAUGCCACUUAGCCAGGAGUCAGAAGACCCAGAAUUACAAGAAUUGGAAGUUAAGAGUGUAACUAGACCACUAGUGAAUAUCUGGAUUCCGUCUGCAUUCUUAAGAAAGCUUGGUUCCGAAACUUACUACGUUUACCAGGUCUAUGUCAGAAUUGGUGAUGAAGAAUGGAAUAUUUACCGAAGAUAUGCGCAAUUUUAUAAAUUUUGGAAAGCGGAUCCACGGUUCGUUAAAAAUCGUAAGGAGAGAUUACAACAGUAUCUUCGCACAGCAAUCAACACGGUCAUAGCAGAACAUAGAGAUUUGGCCCAGGACGUAUGCAAGCGAAAGUUUAUUGAAGUUUUAUCUUUCUUUAGAAACUGUAAAGUUCAGUGUAAAUCACAAUCUGUCAUUUCUGCAGAAGUGUUAGCUCUCGCACGUAAAAGAUUGUAG